AUGGCCACUAUUAUCGAAAGUGGCAUUCCAGCCACUGUCCAAGUCAUAACGAAUGGUACUCAGAAUGAUGUUUCGAGUCAAGCGAGUGGUCUGUUAUCAAAAUAUCUGCCUAGUUCGAACUGGCAGAUAGCUGUCACGGCGUUGAUGAUUUUGAUCGCAUACGAUCAGUUUUUAUAUAUAAAACAGAAAGGAUCAAUAGCUGGGCCCAUGUUCAAGAUUCCACUCAUGGGACCAUUCCUGCAAGCAAUCUACCCAAAGUUCGAUGCCUAUCUCGCACAGUUCGCCAGUGGCCCCUUGAGUUGCGUAUCUGUAUUCCACAAGUUUGUCGUCUUGGCCACGGACCGCGAUCUCGCACACAAAGUGUUCAAAUCCCCAACGUUUACGAGACCAUGCCUUGUCCCGAUGGCGAUAGAGAUAAUGCGUCCUACAGCAUGGGUUUUUCUGAAUGGAAAAGCACACGCCGAGUUCCGCAGAGGAUUGACUGGCCUAUUCACAAACAAAGCUUUGAGCACAUAUCUGCCAGUUCAAGAAAAGGUCUAUGGAGACUACUUCAAAAAGUUCGUUCAAGCUAGCAAAAAGAACAAGGGAAAGCCCUCUGUGUUUAUGGGUUGGUUCAGAGAGAUCAACUGCGCGCUAUCAUGCCGAACAUUCUUUGGAGAUUACAUCUCCCAGGAGGCAGUCAAGAGAAUUGCAGACGACUUCUACCUCGUUACUGAUGCUCUCGACCUAGUCAACGUCCCGCUCUCUAUCUAUAUCCCAUUCACAAAGUGCUGGCGAGGAAAGCGUACCGCAGAUGCCGUGCUGGCAGAAUUCACAAAGGCCGCUGCGGCAUGCAAGGCCAACAUGGCUUCCGGUGCCAGACCUACAUGCAUCGUUGACCAGUGGGUUGAGCACAUGUUUGAAUCUCAAAAGUACAACGAAGCAAUUGCUGCAGGUGCCGAGGGAAUCGAGAAGCCGACCAAUCUUAUUCGCGAAUUCUCACCGGAAGAAAUCGCCCAGACACUAUUCACUUUCCUCUUUGCGGCUCAAGAUGCGUCUAGCAGCGCCACCACAUGGCUGUUCCAGAUUAUGGCUCAGAGACCAGAUGUUUUGGACCGCUUGCGGGAGGAGAACUUGGCUGUGCGAGGUGGCGAUAAGAACCGACCGUUCGAACUUGGCAUGUUCGAGUCAAUGACUUAUACGCAUGCCGUGGUCAAAGAAGUCCUCCGCUAUCGCCCGCCCGUCAUCUUUGUGCCUUACCUCGCCACCAAGGCAUUCCCGAUUACCCCAAACUACACGGUUCCCAAGAACGCCAUGAUCGUCCCGACUUGUUACCCGGCUCUUCAUGACCCGGUAGCCUAUCCGAGCCCUGAUGUAUUUGACCCAGAACGAUGGAUCACAGGCGAUGCAGAGUCAAAGACCAAAAACUGGCUGGUAUUCGGUGCUGGCGCACACGACUGUAUUGCACGACGAUAUGUGCCGCUUACUCUUGCUCACAUGAUUGGCAAGGCUUCACUGGAGGUUGAUUGGGUGCACCACGAAACGAGUCGCUCGGAAGAGAUUCGAGUUUUUGCUACAUUGUUUCCUAUGGAUGAAUGCCCACUUGUUUUUACGGAGCGAAAAUAA